CUCAAGUCGACUAACACCUCGCAUGCAAAGACUGUCCCGUAGGCUCCUCAGACUAUCACGAAGCAUGUCAUCUGCUACUGAAGCAUCAACUGCUAGAAAAGAAGAGCUCGUCUCUGCCUAUAAAUCCAUCAAGUCGCGGAUUCCAGAUUCCGUCACGCUCGUGGCUGUUAGCAAGCUCAAACCUGCUUCUGAUAUUGCUACUCUCCAUGCAGAAACCAAGCACCUCCACUACGGAGAGAACUAUGCACAAGAGCUGAUUGACAAGGCAAAAGCAUUGCCAAAGGACAUCAAGUGGCACUUUAUUGGCGGGUUGCAGAGCAACAAAUGUAAAGGCCUUGCCAGUGGCGUGCCAAACUUGUUUGCUGUAGAAACGGUCGACUCCAUCAAAAAGGCAAAUGAGCUUGAAAAGGGUCGCAAGAUGCUUGCAGAAACAGAGCACAGCCUUGAAAAGGUCAACAUUUACGUGCAAGUCAACACAUCUGGCGAAAGUGAAAAGUCUGGUGUCGAGCCUGGCGAUGCAGUUCUGGAGCUCGUUCGACAUAUAACAACACUCGAGCACCUACAAUUCGCAGGACUCAUGACGAUUGGGUCGCUUGCAAAUUCCACACAGCAUGAAGGUGAGAAUGCUGAUUUUGCAAAGCUCAAGGCAUGCAAGCAACAAGUGCUCGAUGCCAAGAUCUCUGGGGUAGAGCAAAUCCGGCUGUCUAUGGGUAUGAGUGAAGAUUUUGAAGACGCCAUCAAGCAAGGGAGUGACCAGGUUCGUGUGGGCAGCAAGUUGUUUGGCGCUCGACCGCCCAAGGAGAAUGCAAAAGUUGAAAAUAAGGUGGCUGAAGGUCAGUCGUAAAAAGAGGGGCGUUGCUAUGCAAUGUAUGAAUUGGCCUUCUAGCUAUCCAAGGCUCAUCUAGCUGUAGAGGUGUGUGCAGGAAAUAGCAUAUCAUGAGAAAAUAAGCGAAAAGAGGUCAUCAUCGAC